CACAGACCAAUGGCACGCGUGCAUUCGCUCGCGCCUGGAGGUGUGCGCGAUCAGUGGCAGGAACCACGUGAGUUUGUGCCUAAGGAAGGUCAUCGGGCCGGUAGGACGAACGCAUCUUUUUUUGAAGAUGAAUUUAGCCGAAUCUACCGCUACAUGUUAAUAUAUUUAAAAGUAAAGGCUUACUGGUGUAAUUUUAGCCCAUGAAGAUAUUCCGUGAAAAAGCGUUUAGUACAGCAACGUCAAGUUAUCGUGCGUAAGCAACCUCCGCCCGGCAUAACCAUGUCCACUCCUCCUCGCUCCUGUGUUUUAGUGUAGCAGUGUGUGGUGUGUAAGUGCUCUAAUUCAGCUAGUAGGUAGCUCGUUCACGAUGUGGAGGAGUCUGGUUAGACUGCAGUGUCAAGCACGCGUCGCCUUGUCCGCACGCUAUGGGCGCGCGCGCCUUCCGGUGCUCUGGCACGCGGCAGACCUGUCGAUUGCAACCUCAGAAAGGAAGAAAUUCUACCAAGAUGUCAACAUUUCUCAAAGAGAAGAUGGCCUUUUUGAGAUCAAUUUGGACCGCAGAAAAUUGAAGACUCCAGGGGGAAAAUUGUUCACCGUACCCAAUGAAGCCUUGGCUGUUGCUGUGGCAACUGAGUGGGAUGUUCAGAAAGACACACUCAAGUUCUACACCAUGAACUUGACCACAUUGUGCAAUACAGCUUUGGAUAAUCCUACUCAACGGGAUAAAGAGCAGAUAAUCGCAGCUGCGCUGAAAUUUCUGGAGACCGACACCAUUUGCUACAGGGUUGAAGAACCACCAGGACUGGUGGAACUUCAGACGAAUGAGUGGGACCCUGUCUUGAACUGGGUUGAGAAGAGGUAUAAUGUGAUCAUUGGCUCGUCUUCUAGUAUCAUGGGACCACAAAUUACAGAAGAGACCAAAGACACUUUUCGGCAGCACCUUGGCUCCUAUAAUUUCUGGGCACUUACUGGGUUAGAGUUUGUGAUCACCCAGCUGAAGUCUCUAGUGCUGUCCUUUGCGCUGGUUGACAGACACCUGACAGUGGAACAGGCUGUGCUGUUGUCUCGCCUGGAGGAAGAGUAUCAGAUCCAGCGCUGGGGAAAUGUUGAGUGGGCCCAUGACUACGACAUGUAUGAACUACGUGCUCGCACAGCUGCUGGCACACUCUUUGUGCAUCUAUCUUCUGAGAGCUCCAGCGUGAAGCGCAAACUGUUGCAAGACUGACGGUUUUUAUUCCCCUUGUCUCCACUGAAUAGCACUCGGUGAAGACGAAGGACUUGAAUCAUGGCAAAAGUUUUAAAAAAAAAAAAAAAAAAAAUUGACAUUGGAUUAAAAUUUAGUUUUGUUUCCUGGUGUUGUGCAUCAUGUUCUUAAUGUACAGCAUGUUAUUUUUUCCCAGAAAUAAAGGAAUCACAGCUUUGCACACAGAAUUUCAUGAAAUAUGGAUAAGGGACUAAAGAGGCUGUACUGGCAAUUUCUCAUAAAUAUGACUGUUCUUCUUUCACCAUUGUACCAGUGUUUCUGAUGAAUUUAAAGAUGAGAAUGGUGAAGCCAUUACAAGGCAUGAUAGAAGAAUCCACAUUAGACAGGUAACAGUCAGUAGAGGCUGAAUAUUUAAGAAUGUGUUAAAAGUUUCAAAGCAAUAAUACAAGAAAACUUGCUGACAGACAGGUAUGUUGUCUUUUACAGCAUUUAAAGUGAGAGUUUGGCUGGUUUCUACCCUUUCUGUCCCCAUAGACCUAUGCCAGUAUGAUUGAAUGAAGUGGGGUCACUGGUCAUAAUC